UAACGAAAGAGGAACUAGAUCUGUCCGUCAAGAGAGAGAACUUACUGAUGAAGCAGGAAAUGAUCAGAAAUACUUAUAUCCAGAACUAACGGUCCAACUGAAGCAGGGACAUAAAGAACAUGAACAGAAUCAUCAGUUUUAUGCUUUAUGGUCUGUUUUUUUGCUCCUCGGUUUUCUCUAAUGAUGAUACACAGGUCUCCUGUCAGGUCAGCAAGACUUGUAUCUUACCCUGCAGUUUCACAGCUCAUGAUGACGUUGUUAUCCACUGGAUUCAAGAGACUCCACCAGAGUCCCGGGUUCUAGAGACUCCACCAGAGUCCCGGGUUCUAGAGACUCCACCAGAGUCCCGGGUUCUAGAGACUCCACCAGAGUCCCGGGUUCUAGAGACUCCACCAGAGUCCCGGGUUCAAGAGACUCCACCAGAGUCCCGGGUUCACUCCUACUAUCGCAAACAAGACCGACUGAGAGAGCAGCACCAGAGGUUCAGAGGAAGAACAUUUCUGUUUGAGGACCAGAUUUCCAGAGGAAACGCUUCCCUGCUGCUGAGAGGAGUGAAGGUUCAGGACCAGGGCAGAUAUCUGUGUAACGUCAGCACCAUCACUGGAGAUAAGGAGAACUUCAUCCACCUGAAUGUGAACGCUCCAGUCCAGCACAUCAACAUAGAACAGGUACAAAAUAAAAUCACCUGCAGCUCAGAGGGGAUCUAUCCUGAACCUGGACUCAUCUGGACCACCAAUCCUCCAUCCAGCAUGAACCUGCAGAACCCACCAACAGUCCAGCAGACUGAACAGCAGCUUUACAGCAUCAGCAGCUCUCUGAUACUUUCAGACGGAGAUACUGACCUGGACUACAUCUGCACCGUCAGCACUCCAGCAAACAGCAGGAGAUCCACUUUGCUUCAACCAGCUGUUAUAAGUGGAUCAAACACUGAAACAUUCAUCUCCUGCUCAGUCUCCAAUUAUCCAAUAAAGUAUCUCACCUGGACAUUUAACCACAAAGAGAUCAUCCUGACACAGGGGGCAGAUGAAUGCCGCGAC